GCAGACAGAGUAGCAAGUUUUUGUAAACUGAUAUUUGGUUGUAAAUUAGUAGUGCAUUUAAUGUUUAAAGUACAAAAUUUAUGAGAUAAUGGUACAAUGAGUAUGAUACACAGCUGCGAUGGUCUAACGAUGAACAAGCCAACUAGGAGUAUAACAUCCUAGCUUAUCACCCGCAAGUCGAUUUGGUCCUGCAUCUUAAUGAAGUCUAAUUUAAUGGUGUCAAUCAACUCAAACUUGUUACCCACAUUGACAAGAAGAUGAUUGAAGAAAACCUGUUCUCUCACAAGCGUUUUCAACACCUCUAUGCUGUUGAUUUCAUUUUUGUUGACGUUGAUACUCAAACUGCUGGUCCCGUUGACCAAGUUCACCUUGAGGUUCUUAUAGAGCAAGUUGACCGACCCGUCAAGAAUUCGAUUGUUGAUGUCAUUGUCACUGAUACGGGUGCUGUUCAAGUCGCUGACUAUGUAGUACCGGUCGUUGUAUUUGAAGUUGAUCCAGUCAUUGAACUGGGUGAAUCCCAACUUACUCACCUUGUUGAUGUAGUUAUUCAACUCAUUACACCGCCUAAGGAUAUUGUCCAAUGCGUUUGUAUUGACAUCAUUGAGCUCGAUGGGGGCUGGUAGCUUGGGGGCAUUACCAUGUUGCAAG